CUCGCCUCAAUUAAUUAAUCUUCGCGCUGACUGGGGCCCCUCAGCAUUGGAGGAAGGGCUGGCCGCGCAUAUGUGGCGGUCCCGAUAAUUGAUUACCGACCAACCAACGGAAAACUUUUUUUUUUUAGCAACGCGGGCGUCAACACCGCCGCUGCCUCGGCUCUUUUUAACUCCUCCACGCUCACCGCGCCGCCUUCAUCUCUCCCGUCGGCAUCCUUGGCCUGACACAGGCUGCUUUUGACCGCUCGCCUCCUCGCGUUGCUCACGCGUGCCGGAGCCCGGCGUCUGCUUAGCGAGAAGAGACAGCUGAGGAGGGAGAGCGAGAGGCGGCGGCGGCGGAGCAGGAGGGAAGAUCGCGGCUCACGGAACGCGACGCGGGUUGCCGACCCUGCUGCCAGACUUCGACUGCCAGACCCAGCUUUUAUUUGUUUUGCUGUUGACCGGACGCUGUGGCCGGGGAGUUUCUUAACGCCGUUGCUUCGCCUCCGGGGAGUACGGGGGGAGCGGCAGGGAAGAGGAGGAGGAGGUGGUGGUGGUGGUGGGGGGACGGCCGUGGUGGGGAGAGAGAGCGCGAAAGUGCCUCGGCUUCUUUUUUACGCAGCUGAGUGGUUUUUUUUGACGGCGCUCGGCUUGACUCGAAGGCGGCGUCGCGAGUGGCGGAAGACGCGGCGAGACCUCAUCCCGAGCCGCCGCCUCGUGCCGCCGUCGCCGCUGCUGCUAUCGCCGCCACAGCGAACACGACCGUAGAGAAGCCGCGACGGAGGAGCGUCACGCGCCAAGCAAAUGAGAGAUUCGCGUCUGGAUAAAAUAAUAAUUUAAAAAAAGGCGGCGAUCGUAAAUAAAGACGAAUCACAACAACAAGAAUAAGAAGAAGACGUAACCUCACCGAGGCACGAAGGUCACUGUCACACGUCGCGCUCCUGCCAUCGCCCCGCUUGUGUCGUGCGGAAUUCGAAGUUUUUUUCUCGUGUCGCCACCAAGCGCGGCAGUAGAUUUCGCGUCCAUUAUUUGAUCUACUUCUAUUCUGGCCGGGGCCCCGGGUGGAGGAGGUGGGGGGGGUCAUUCAUUUUUGUUUUGCUUUGGAGAGACUCUCGCUCCGCGGUGCCCGCAGAACCGCGGCGACGAUCACCGCAGUCACAGCCACGACGACCACCACCACCACCUCGACUACAGCCACGACCGCUACCAUCACGGACCACCGAUGACUACCGCCUUCCAGAAGCCGAAACCCAACCAGGGUCUCCCGCGCGCCAUGGAGGAACGGGAGCGGGGCCGCUCACCGCUCGACCACCUCCCCCCGCCGGCCAACUCCAACAAGCCCCUGACUCCCUUCAGCAUCGAGGACAUCCUCAGCAAGCCAUCUGUGCGGCGUCGCGGAUUCGCUGUGUGCGCUGCUAGAGCUUCCGCUGCGGCGGCGGCGGCGGCAGCGGCAGCGGCGGCGCUGGGAGCCGAGAAGGGAGCGGGGCCUAUGGUUGGGCACGGCGGUGGUGGUGGAGGCGGUGGUGGUGGUGGAGGAGGAGGCGGUGGAGGAGGAGGCGGUGGAGGCGGCGGACACCACGCCGGUGGUCACGGAGCGACCCUGGUUCGACCGUGCACGGUGCAGGCCACGCAGGCGUCCCCGCUGUGCGCCCUGGAGGAGUUGGCGAGCAAAACGUUUAAGGGUCUCGAAGUGAGCGUCUUGCAGGCGGCUGAAGGUGCGCUGGGCUUGCCACGUCGAGACGGCCUCGCCAUUUUCGGGCCUCGAACUGCGCCCAAGAAGCGCCGCAAGUCGCGCACGGCCUUCACGAACGCGCAGAUCUACGAACUCGAGAAACGCUUCCUCUACCAGAAGUACCUCUCGCCGGCCGAUCGCGACCAGAUCGCCCAGCAGCUGGGCCUCACCAACGCGCAGGUGAUCACCUGGUUCCAGAACAGGCGCGCGAAGCUCAAGCGGGAUCUGGAGGAGAUGAAGGCCGACGUGGAGUCGGCCAAGAAGCUCGACCCGGUCAUCACGGUGACGGAGGGCGCGCUGCCGACGUCCCUCGUCGAGGCCAUGUCGCCCGGCGUGCGGGCCCUCGACAGGAACGACUCGCGCGGGGAGACGUGCACCUCGCCCUCCCCGCGCUCCGAGCAUAGCCGGGACGACUUCAGCGGGGACGACGACGACGAUGACGACGACGACGACAUCGAGAUCGACGUGGACGAUUAGCGCUCGCGUCCACCUCUUGUCGUCCACCCUCAUCGCCUCCGCCCGCCAAGCCCGAACAUCCACCACCCCUACCGUGCCGUGCCCUGACGACCGCAUGCACGCGGCCCGGUCGCGCGUGCGGACAGUCGGACAGACGACCCACGAAGACUACAAAAAGACAAAGAUACUCCCCAGAGCCUGAACGGACUGUUGGGGCGAGUGCUGUUAGCGAGCGCCUCUGAGCGACACGCACACAGACAGAGACGCACACAGAGAGACACGCACAGACACACGAGUGCACUCAUCGCAGACGCAUACAGGCGGACGCGGAGAAAAAAAAA